GCCCUGGAUAGAAAGUCACAUGCGCAGCCAUGUGUCAAACUUUGCCGAAUUUUUUGUUCUUUUUCUGGUGCAUCUUCAUUCGGCUUUAGGUCAAGAGUGGCCCAACUCAUUUCGAGGAUUUGCCAAUGGAAGGCCAGGUCUUCUGACCGGAGUGGGCGACAGCAACUUCAGGUAUUACUACCAACUUGUGGCGGUGGACUUGCUGCUGAUUCACCAUGGCUUCAGGCAGUGUGAAGCCUUUCGCUGGGAGGACUCCAUGGACGGUCUGCAGGAUGCCAUCGAGGCCUUCCAGCGGAGCAGCGGUCUGGCGGCUGACGCGCAGCAGCUUUCUGCCAGCUUCUGGCAGCAGCUGGUGGUUCCGGUGAAGCCAGGGGACAGCACCGCGGCGGCGCUGGCGCUGCGGUGGCUUUUGCGCUCGACCUCUAAGGCAUCGAGGCCGCCCUUGUGGGAUGAUGUGGAGGUG